AUGCAGAUUCGCUGGGCCAGCUCCGGCGCGCUCGCGGCCACCGUGACGCCUGAGGACUGGGCCGCGCUGGGUUUCGUCUCCGCACGGCCCACGGUGAAGGCCUUGAAGCAGUGUUUGGCGGCCGGGCCCAAACGCGUGCUCCAAGGCAUCACGCGCUUCCAAGUGAAACUGAUGUCGGAGACUGGAAGCUUGCUGCAAGAUGAGGUGAUUCUAGAUCCACUGGUGAAUGGCCAGCUUUACCACCUGGUGGUCACUGAACAUUGGCCGCGUGACCCAGCUCAAGACCAAAGCUUUGUUUUGGCGUGUCGGGAAAAUCGCUUGAAGGAGGUGGAAGAGUUGUUGCAGCGGCCUUUGAGUCCAAAUGCCACUGAUGAAGGCGGUAGUGGAGCUAUGUAUGCCGCCAGCCUGGAAGGACAUUUGCAGUGCGUCUUGCUGCUCCUGGAAGCUGGGGCUGACAAAGAUUUGCCUGGUACAGCUACUCAUAAGGCACCUCUACAUGCCGCGGCUCGGAAUGGCCACUUCGAAGUGGUGAAGGUCUUGGUCGAGGACGGAGCUGAGAAAGACAUCUCGACGAACUUCGGUGCCACACCUUUACACUUCGCCGCCCAAACGGGACACACGCGGAUCGUCCGAUUCUUGCUGGAGAGUAGAGCUGAUAAAGACCGAGCUGAAGGCAAUGGCGGCUUAACGCCCUUGCACAUCGCAGCUGAGAAUGGUGAGACGGAUGUUGCUCGUGUGUUGCUGGAGUUUGGCGCUUGUAGAGAUCCAGCCACCACCGAGGCAGGCUUAGCUCCAGUGCACCUAGCGGCUCAAGCGGGAAACUUGGAGAUGCUUCGCUUGUUGCUGGAGAGUGGUGCCGACAAGGACUGCUCCACGCGCGAGCAUGGAUUCGUGCCCUUGCACUUCGCUGCCAAGAAUGGCUUCAGUGACCUUGCGCGUGUGUUGCUCGCACAUGGCGCGAACAAGAACGCCACCACACGGGACCUGGGCCUCACACCUUUGCACGUGGCAGCACAAACUGGUCAAAGCGAGUUGGCCACGCUGUUGCUCCAGAGUGGAGUGGACAAGGACCCCGCCACCCUGGACCAGGGUUUUACACCCUUGCACGUGGCAGCUGCCACGGGUCAAAGCGAGAUGGCUCGCUUACUACUUCGGAACGGUGCUGCCAAGGAUCCCAAGACCUUUGAACAUUUGUUGACGCCUUUGUACGUGGCAGCUCAAUGUGGCCAGAACGAAACUCUUCCCGUGUUGCUGGAGUAUGCAGCGGAUGUGCAUGGAGGCACCAAGGAAGGCUUGACACCGUUGGAAGUGGCGGCGUGCAACGGCUUUACCAAAAUCGUAAGCCACUUGCUUCUUGCUGGUGCUGAACGAUGUUGGGAAGCUUCGCAGUUGGCGUCGCUCCAAGGGCAUCACGAGCUCGCGUCGCUGCUCCUCCGCGCCGCCGCCGCAAGCCACACGACCUCGAGAUGCAGCGAGACGGCGGUGAAGCGGCGGAGGGUGGAGUGA